CGGGAUUCCGGCGCGCGACGUUCCGGCGUUCCGCGUCACGACGCGUCACGACGCGACCUUCGACGCCCUCCUCGCGAUGGCGUCCGACGACGAAGCGCGCGAUGACGACGAUUUCGACGUCCUCGCCGCGGCCGGGAGCUCCGACGACGACGCCGACGCCGACGAUUUCGACGAUGGGUACGGAUCAGAUUUGAUGGGCGACGCCGCCGAUCGCGCGCGCCUCGCGUCGUUGAACGAACUCGAGCGGGAAGAGAUCAUGCUCGAACGCGCGGACGCGCGAAAGAGGCUGGAAUCGCGACGCGCGAUCAUCGCGGCGGCGCGAUCGAAGGAAUUGGAGCUGGCUCGGAAGAAGACGGGGGCGCGGGCGAUUUCGAGUAAACAGCGGGACGAGUUAGAGGCGCUCGAACGCAUCGCGGAGGCGAAGAAACGAAAAGAACGCAGUCGACGCGUGUUCGGUGAUCUGAGCGAGGACGAGGAAGAAUUUGGCGGGGCAGCCUCCGAAUCGGAAGACAAAGAAAGGGUCGCGAGACCUCGGCGGAAGAAACGCGAAACCCGAGCGGACGUCGAUCUUGAGGCUGAAUACGCGUCGUCCGACGUUCCGGCGACGCGCGAUGAGAUCGCGUCGGUGACGGUGAAGAGACAUCAGCUCGAGCAGUGGGUGAACGAACCGUACUUUGAAGCCGCGGUGACGAAUUGUUUGACGCGCGUCGGCAUAGGACUCAACAAGGAAGGGCAAAACGUCUAUCGCCUCGUCGAGAUCGCGGGCGUCGCGGACGGCAAGUACAAGCAAUACUCGCUCAAAAAGUACGAGUACUUGGCCAACAAACCGCCGACGCAAAAGUGGUUGAUUUUGCGCUGGGGAAAGUCUGAAAAGACGUUUCGACUGAGCGAGGUUUCAAACUCCGACGUGCAAGACGCCGAGUGGAAAGCCUGGGUGGCGCACUGCGCGCAGGCGGGGUGCACCCCCAUCACCGCGCGCGAUGUGAAGAAGUGUCUUCAAGGGUUGGAAGAGGCGAAAAAUUACCGAUACACGAGCGACGACGUGACGAAGAUUCUCGCGGAGAAGCGCGAAAAGCAAGGGACGCGUCACAACUUAUUGUUUGAAAAGGAGCAAAUCAAGGCGGCGAUCGCGCACGCCGAGGCGGAAAACGAUUUAGAUAAAGUUGAAGAGCUUCGUCAACGUUUCGACGAGGUCGAUCGAGAGAUAAAGGACAAAUUGCAGCAGAGAAGCGGGUCGACGCAGGACGCCCUCGCGAACAUCAACCGCCGCAACGAAAUCCAAAACAGCGAAAAGCUCUCGAAGCGAGCGUCCGAGCAAGUGGCGAAACUCAAGGCGGGCGUGUUGAACACGGGCUCAGGCGAUCCAUUCAGUCGUCGCCCGACGCGUUUGACGACGUAUUGGGACAUGGGCGCGGGCGCCGCCGAGCGAUCGGCGACGGCGGCGGAAGAAGAAGAAGCCGCGGCGGCGACCGCCGCGGCGCUGGCGACCGAUGGUGGAGACGAAGAAGACGACAUCUUUCUCACCGCGGGUGUGGACGCGCAGCAAAGCGAAAAAGAACUCGUAGACGUGCUUCAGCAGGCGCACCGCGAAACCGUCGGCUCGCUCAACAUCGAUCUCAGUCGACUCGACGCGCCCGCGGACGCGGACGCCCUCAGGCUCAAGACGACGAAGAGUGUGCUCGAUCGCGGUGCCGUACUUUUGAAAUCCGCCUACGACGCUCAACGCGCCGAGCAGCUCGCGACGCAACCGCCCGGUAAGGCUUUCACCGUCGCCGAAUACUUGGCCGAAUUCGUGGCGCCGACGUGA